AAUGGGGAAGAGUGGAAAAAGGCUAAAAGUAAUAUAUAAAUAAAAAAGCUAGAGGCUAGAGAAGCUAAUGGAUUAACAGAAAUUGUAGGUUAUAAGUGGUGGAUAUGUGGCUGAAAUAGCUAGUUAAUGGCAAAACUGAAAAUGUUGGAAGAAAAAGGAAAAGUUAAUGGUUAAAACAUUUAAGGGUAAUGGAUUAACAGUCUGUUAACAGAUUGUUAGCUUGAAAAUAAAAUUAGGGGUUCAAACAACAGUAGGCUAAUAACUGUAAGGGAAAAGUUAUGAGGAAAAAGGCUAAAGUAGUAAAUGAGUGGCUGAAACAACAGUAAUAACUCUUAGCUAAAUAAAAGUAAUGGAUAAAUAGUUGAAAUUAUGAGUUAAAAGUGGUGGAUAAUUGGCUGUUAUAGUUAGCUAAUGGUGAAAUGGCAAAAGUAAAUGGAAGAUAGUUAGCUAAAAGUUAUGAGGAAAAAUGCUAAAGUAGUAAAUGAGUGGCUUAAACAACCGUUAUAACUGUUAGUUAAAUAAAUGUGGUGGAAAAACUAAAAGCAAUGGUUAAACAAUUGUAAUGGAUAAACUGUCAUUUCAGGUGGUAGCAGUAUAUGCACCUGACCAAAUUGCCCCCUCAUCACCUACAAAAAUACAGUUUCCUACAGAAAUACUAAAUGGCCAACAGAAACCCUAUUACCGUUGUUAUUAUGAAUCACAUUUACUGUUUGCCUGGGAGACCCCCUGGAAAACCACAGUGAGCUAGCGGCUGCCGGUGGCUACUAAGCUAACCGACUCGCAUUAGGACCCAGUAAAACUUCACUCACGUCAAACCUCCUUGGCCAAUAACACAUCCGUUAUUUGCAGCCACAUUGUUGCUUCCCGCAUUCUGCAUCUGUGCUGAUAGAUACAUUAAAUAUUAUCUCUGAAUGUAGACAAAGCAUUUCCCUUUUGAGGAGAGAGCUGGUUUUCAAUCUAGCCACUGCUAUCUCGGUUUUUAAACUAUUACGGGAGCGCGAUUCACCCACAAGGCCAACACACUCCUGCAGCUGUUUCACACAACAUGAGCGACCUCGUUUCAUGUUCACUUAAAUGUCAUCCACUGUCCCUUUUAUCGUAUUGGCAACUUUAUUUCACAGCAGUUGAGGGUCUAGUCUGAAGGACAUAACUAGAUGAAUAAGCAGGAGAGGACUGAGGUGCUGUCAAACAGGAUGUAAGCCACUUUUCAGUAAGGCAGUAGUGCCAUCUAGCUUCCUCAUGAAAAUGUUGUGUCUAACUGUGGCCUUAGCAUAGCAAAGUGAGUCAGUGAUUGAAAGUUUAAAAAAGGUCAAUGAAUAAAAUAAUUGUUUGUGUAUAUUAGACUAACUUUUACCUACAGUAAAUGGAGGGUAAAAUGAUUUCCUAGAUAGAUGAAGUUAAAAAAUACAUUCAUAGUUGCUAUCUGAUAUCUGCAGACACAACACGUUACCCACCACCCCCUCAAGUGCAGUUUUACCAGUGGCAGAGGAAGCAUUCAGAUACUUUACUUGACUAAAUGCACUAAGUAAAGUUUGUAUAAUCAGAAAAAUGUACUUUAAGUAUUGAAAGUAAAGGUACUCCAUGUAGAACAAUGUCCCCUGUGAGUGUUAUACUGUUAUCAUUAUUAUUAUUAUUGAUGCAAUAAUGUUAGCUGCAGCUCAACCAACUGUUACUUUUUAACCAUAGGCCAAUAAGUCUACAACUGAUGAUUAUUUUCCAUUAUGGAUUAAUCUUCUGAUUAUAUUCUCAAAUUACUGAUCAUUUUUUUGUAAGUUGUAAAAUUUUUGAGAAAUGUUUAUCAUAAUUACACACAGCCCAAAGACACCUUCACAAUACUUGUUUUGUCCAACCAGCACCCUAAACCUCCGAAUUAUUUAAGAUAAAUUACAAUUAUUAAAAGAAUUACCAGGAAAUAACAGCAAAUGGAAGUGGAAACGAUUAAAUUUGUGGCAUUUAACAACGAAAAUGACUCAUUAUUAGAAUAAUAUAAUAAUCAUUAAAUCAUUGACUGACAGUACAUACUGUUGGUAGUUUAGCCUAUAACAAAGCAUCAUAUUUUAAUAGCUCACAUUCACAGACUCAUAGACACCCCUCCCGGAUGUUAUUAGGUGAGUGGAACAAAAAUAGCCCUGACAUGUCUUUUGCUGUGACCAAGCCCCUCUCCGCUUGGCUCUGUCAAUCAAAAGCCAAAACAAGAUGGCAGGCUGCAGGAGCUGGGUCUUCUUCUAUACAGUUUGUGCUGUCAGUGUGUUUGGGGCCAAUGCCGAGAUCAAAGUUUCCACUCCUGUUGGGAAGUUAUUUACAUAUGAGCUGAUGAGAGAGACUUUCCAGAACGACUUUGAACCUUUGUCAAAACUCUACGCUGGGCGCUUGUAUGAUGACCCCAUGAUUUUUAAGUGCAACAGGCAGAAUUACCCAGACCUACCAGAGUGGCUGCGCUUCACCCAAAGACAGCCCUAUGAUAAUGGCUUCCUCUAUGGCACACCAACAUCAGCAGGAAAACAUAUAAUUGAGAUCUAUGCUGUUAACAAGCGGAGCUAUGAAACUGCCAGACACAUACUUGUGAUCAGAGUCACUGCACAGGACAUGUUACCCUAUCAAGCCGAGUUCUUCAUCAAGCUGCGGGAGAUUGAGAGGGUGCUGCCCUCUUCUGUUCAGGAUGAGAUAAAGCAGGAUUUACAGAAGCUGUGGAACACAGAGGCCUUGGAAAUUGUUAAUAUAACUAACGCCCUUGACCGUGGCGGAAGAGUUCCCCUCCCUCUCGCAGGACACUUUGAAGGCGUGUAUGUGAAGGUGGGGUCCGAGGAGUAUUUCUCCGACUGUCUCCUGAGGGUCCUGACACCAGAGCACCAGAAGCAGUGCACAGCAGGGGCCAGAGUCAAGUCCCCGGGAGGCUGUAACUUCUGCCGCAUUCCCAGCAACUGUAUCACCUGGUGCAAGACGGAGCUGUUUGAUCUGAAAAAGCAGGAGCCGACUCCACCUGCUCCCACGAUGGGCUCGGGGAUACUGGAGGAUGGAGGUGUCUUCGACCCUCCUGAGUCUCCCCCAAGCAGAGACUACUUCCCGGACUACAUCGUGACAGUGAUCGUGCCCCUGAUCCUCGCCAUCAUCCUGUGUCUGCUGCUGGCCUACAUCAUGUACGGCCGGCGAGAGGGAGUUGCAAAAAGGAAUGCAAGGACAAACCAAAUUCAGCUGUACCACCACUACACCAUUCACAAUAACACAGAUGAGCUGAGGAACAUGGCUGGAAACCGAGGUGCUCCUCCACCUCUGUCCACGCUGCCCAUGUUCAACAGCCGGACUUUGGAGAGGGCUCCGCCACCGCGCUAUGACAGCCCCGUCCCCCUCAUCAUGGCCCAGCAUGAUCCCUACUGUGAAACACUGCCCAGAAAAUAAGAACAAUGAUGGAUAAAGUGUCAUUCUUGCAGUCAGUAUAUUGCUCUAUAUUUGCAGUGGGGAAUUGUGUUUUUUCUUCUUUAGGUCCCAUUCACAUAAAUGAAGAGUGUGCUGUUUUCCAAAUUGUUAUUUGACGUUUAUGAUUUUCUGUAUUCCACCAUCUUUCACUACUAAUAAAAAAUAUUAAAAGCCA